AGCACUCCAAGAGCAGCUAUGUUUAGAUUCUGUAACUUUUAGUUUUUUUACAUUUGUAUAGUUUUGGAGUAGAAGUUUUUUUCCCCCUGUACGGAUGGAGCAUGAACAUCAGACGGAUAAUUCUUAAACAGAAACCAGCCAGGAAGCCCAGUGAGUUGUUGGCAGCUGUGAUGUGGUGAAGCUGCAACAGCCUCCAUCUAAAACCGCUGGACAGGCACCGAGAACAGGUUACUCAUAUCCAAAUAUGCGCGUAAUUGGAGUGCACUGGCGAGGCGUUCCUUGCAACCCAUCCGAGAUAACGUUGUCGUGAUGUUCAAUACUUCGGGAAUUGAGCUCACUUUUAACAAGAAAGAGGAUAUUUCCGAAGUUAUCAAUGGCACUCUGGAGCUUCUGUACAACGUCCUCGUCACCGCCAGUCCCACAGCCAUGUGGAACGAGUCGUGCGGGGAGCAGCUGCAGGAUUUCGGGCGCCCGGAGAAGAUCAUCAUCGGGGUGAUGUUGGCGAUCAUCACGGCGGUCACCGUCAUGGGGAACACGCUGGUGGUGAUCGCGGUGAGCGUGGUGAAGAAACUAAGGCAACCUUCAAACUACCUUCUUGUGUCUCUAGCAGUGGCGGACCUGUCAGUGGCCAUAGUUGUGAUGCCGUUUGUAAUAGUGACAGACCUCACCGGGGGCGAGUGGCUUUUUGGAGAGGUGUUCUGCAACAUCUUCAUCGGUAUGGAUGUAAUGUGCUGCACUGCCUCCAUCAUGACCCUGUGCGUGAUCAGCGUCGAUAGAUAUCUGGGGAUCACACGGCCUCUCACCUACCCGGCCCGGCAGAACGGUCAGCUGAUGGCGAAGAUGAUCCUGGGCGUGUGGCUGGUGUCAGCAUCCAUCACCCUGCCUCCUUUCUGCGGCUGGGCCAAAAACGUCCACACAGCCGGUGUGUGCCUCAUUAGCCAAGACAUUGGCUAUACCAUCUACUCCACAGCUGUAGCCUUCUACAUCCCUAUGCUGGUCAUGCUGGUCAUGUACUACAAGAUCUUCAGGGCAGCUCGCAAGAGUGGCGCCAAGCACCGCUUCACUGACAUUUCGCGCCGUGAGCGCCUCAGUACAGUGAAUAAUGAGGCGCUGAGAAUGCAGGGCCUGAAGCCGCCCGGCGUGGCGGAGGAGUGCGUGGCCUUGUCCCGCCUGCUGAAUCGUGAGCGCAGAAACAUCUCCAUCUUCAAGCGGGAGCAGAAAGCGGCGACAACGCUGGGGGUGAUCGUGGGGGUCUUCGGCGUGUGCUGGCUGCCCUUCUUCAUCCUCUCCACUGCCAGGCCCUUUAUCUGUGGAGUGGAGUGUAGCUGUGUGCCCAUCUGGCUGGAGCGCACGCUGCUCUGGUUAGGCUACGCCAACUCCUUAAUGAACCCCUUCAUCUACGCCUUCUUCAACCGAGACCUGCGCUCCACUUACCGUGACCUUCUCCGCUGUCGCUACCGAAACAUCAACCGCCGACUGUCUGCUGUGGGCGUGCACGAGGCUCUCAAGGUUUAAAGCAGGGUGCUUCAGCAGCAUAUUUACACUCCCAAAAAAGUGAGGUUAGGCGGCCCUGUGAUUGUACAACUGGUGCUUAAAGGGCGACAUGUACACAGCAGGAGAAGAUAAGACAAAGACUGACAGAGUAGGAGUCACUGUAGCUGGCUCUCCGGCCCCUCAGCGAAGGCAGAGAGACGGCACGAUCUCAUCGUUGUGUGUGUGUGUGUGUGUGUGUGUGUGUGUGUGAGUCUAUUUUGGGAAAGAAAAUCAUAGAGCGCACUUGAUGGGCUAUUCAAGUCGACACAGUUUUUGUGCAUAUGCCACAAUUCUGUCCUGGCGCCGGAUUCACGGAAAGGAUAAUGUAGUGACAAAUGAAAAUGACUUGUAAACACAAUCAAUCAUCCUAGGGCUUUCAGAGGGAACAGAAAGCACACAGAUCUCUGUAUAUUAACACAAUUGAUGUUUGAUAAAGAAAAACCAUUUGUUUUAGUGGCAGUGUCUUCUGAACAUCUUCAUCCAAACAUUCAUGUCAAACCGAGAGUAAACACUUUGAGGCGUACUGCGCUCUGUGCCAGGAUUAAUUAUUAUUUAUAUCACUUUAUCUCCAGUCACAUUUGGUCCUCUCACUAAAUUUAACAGGCGCACUUUGAAUGCUUCACAAAGACACGUGGCGAUGCCAAAUGCGUGGAGGUGUGUGAAGAAAAUGGUGUUAAAACGCAACAUGAAGGAAACAUUUCCCAUUCAUGAAAUCUCAGUAUUUGUUGCUAAUAAAAUAAACUGAACGUAGUUUGUUUAGAGUCUGCAUGAAACAUAAUCGUCUUACAUGCCACUGUACAAAUACAUCAUCAGAUUUUGAAUAGAGAAGGACGAGUCACCCAAACACUUUAUCGCACACAUGAACUCGAUGCUGUAAAUGUCAGAAACCAUGAAACUGUGGACGUCUUUGUGCGGUUUCAAUCCACAUUUGGCUGCUGGCCUUGUUGGUUUGAACAGCGAACUAAUCCCGUUGAACUCUGCAGCUUCACUUUUGACACAAUUGACAUGUUCUUCAGACUCAUUUGAACUCUUUGGCGACCUGUACGAACCCGUGUCACAUGUUAUCAGUCGAGCAGUGUGUGCUUUUUCUACCUCAACUUUUGAGAUGUCUGUGCAUUUCCUUCAAACAGAUGUACCGCCGUCUUGCAUCAUUUUGUAAUUAACUGCUAUUUUAUAUCGUGUAAGAUCAAUCCGUCUACAACUGCUCUGUGAUUGCUCUGUGUGACCUCUUUGUCGUUACCUUCAGGAACAAGCUGUGGGAGUGGCAAAGCAUUUCAUCACUUUGUAAAUAAAGAAACACUUGGUUAAA